CCUCUCGAUCAAGAGAUUACACCAGCCUUACUUCUUCCUUGGGCGCGCGCUACCAUUUCCAAAGGCGCGUCGGCGGAUCAAAACCCUCGGGCCAUGGAUCGUGAAGGAAGCAGAUGGAGGAAGAUCCAAAUCCAGCUGAAUCGAUUCAUGGAGAAGAAUGCAGGAGAGUUCCUCAGCAGUUCUCGAACGCGAAAGAGGAGGAAGCAUUCAAGAAAAAAGUAAUAUAGGCAGAGACAGAUAGAAGGGAGCUGGAACGAGAGAGAAACGUUGCUCUCCCAGGCCACAUCCUCAUCCAGAUAGGCAAAUCUUCAACCUCUUGAAGCUGAAGAAUUAAGAACCAACCAAAGUUUGAACCUCUGUUGCUCUCAUGGCUUCUGCUCUGAGCUCUUCAAAUGCUCUCAGCGUCUCAACCGGUCUCUACUCAAAGCCCGAUUCAAAAACCUUGAAGCCCACCGUUACCGUCCAUGCCAAAACACAAUCCAUCGAGAGCCAAAGCCCAAACGAGGGAUCGAAGAAAGCAAACAGGUUCAGUUUCAAUUUCAGCAAGAUUCCAGAUGCAAAAUCUCUUAUUCCGGUGGUCACAUCUUCUUCAACGUCGCUGUUCGCCAGCCCGAGAAGAAAGGAUCCCAACACAGUUUUUGUUGCGGGCGCUACGGGUCAAUCUGGUACCCGCAUUGCUCAGACGCUACUCCGGCAAGGAUUUGCAGUCAGGGCUGGAGUGCCAGAGCUCAGCGCUGCCCAGGAGCUCGCUCGUCUCGCUUCAACCUACAAGAUCAUAUCACCAGCAGAGUCCAAGCGCCUAAACGCUGUUGAAUCCACAUUCGACGACCCAGAAGCCAUCGCCAAGGCCAUUGGCCCAGCCACAAAAGUCGUCAUCACCAUCGGCUCCGGUGAGAACGGGCCCACAACUGAUGUCACCACCAACGAUGCCCUCCAGGUCAUCAAGGCCGCAGAGCUGGCAGGCGUAGGACACGUGGCAGUGGUCUACGAUUCCGUUGGGGCCACCAUCUCAGGCCCAUCAUCAACUUAUAAUGUGCUGGAUGGAAUUACGUCAUUUUUUUCGAAUUUUUCGAGUCUGUUUUCGGGAGCUAAACAGUUGAGCAUCGGAGAGUUUUUGUCCAAAGCGGUGGAAACGGAUGUGAGUUACACGCUGAUAAAGGCUGCACUUACCGAGGAUUAUUCUGAUGAGAGUUCUCAUGGGAUUGUGGUGUCCAAAGAGGGAACAAUUAUUGAGUCCAAGGUGGCCAAGUCUCAGAUUGCGAAGCUGGUAGCCGAUGUUUUCUCCAAUACGGAAGUUGCCGAAAACAAGGUUGUUGAAGUUUCGACAAGUCCAUCAGCAACCUCAAAAUCUGUAGCCGAGCUUUUCAGCGCGAUACCUGAGGAUGGAAGAAGAAAAGCAUACGCAGAAGCUAUGGCGAAAGCAAAGGUAGAAGAAGAAGCUCUUAUUGCUUCGAAAAAAGCUCGAGAAGCAACAGAGGCCGCUAAAAAGCUCGAGAAAGAAGUGAAAAAACUCUCAGAUAAAGAAGCAGAAGCUGCGACUCUCGUCGAUGAAGCUAAAGCAAAGGCAGAAGCAGCAGGAUUUUCAUUAGACAACCUUUUAACAAAAGCCAAGGACUUGAGCUCUUCUGCUGGUGACUUCUCUUUUGAAAAAUUGAGCUCUCAAAUUUCAACCGCGGUUUCUCAAAAGGCUGAUAAGGGAGAUGAUGAACUAAAAAUUCAGAUUGCUACUGUUCGAGGCCGAACCAAGGCCCGGAGUUUGUUACCUCAAAAAGCCGUUGUAAAAAAGGCGACCUUUAAUGCAAAACCCAAGGAGCCAGAGCCCAAGUCAAAGCCCAAUAAGGAAGAGGAGAAGGUGGAGGUGAGGAAUCUGUUUGGUGGGCUUUUUAAGCAGGAGACCAUUUAUAUAGAUGAUGAUUGAGAAAUUACUGCCGGUUAUUUGUAUGCACCUCAAGUCCAGAACAAGACAACGAUUGAGGCAUUUAUUGUUUCUCUGAAUUUAUUUUGAGUUAAAAAUCUCAUUUACCAUGAAAUGUUUCUUUCAAGCUUAGUGGCAUGAGUAUUGUGUUUGGCUUCUUUUACUUCCUUUUAUAUAUGUUGCAUUGGUGA